UUAACUGUUGUUCAUUUAAAGAGUGUUUGAGACGUGGUUCAAACUUUCCACAUCGACUGGAUGAACCUCAACAGUUCUACAGUUUGUUUCUCUAUAAGGCAACAGCAAGAAAACAAACUGUAACUGACAAAAUAACAUUUCCUGGGUCGAACCAACUGUGACACUGAGGUGUGACUGUGUUUGUGCUUUUAUGUGUGAACGUUCAACGUCUUUAGAAAAAGAAGAGUUUAUACAUUUUCUGCUUUAUGCAAACUCAGUCAAAAGCUCAACAAAGUACACAUAUUGUACAACACAGAGUUUUAUCUGUAGUUAAGAGAAACACAAAAUGCAGUUAAGAAAUUUUUAUGCAAAUUAAUCACACGGUCUGUGUUUCCUUAGACGCUGCCACUUCCUCAAAGCUUCUUCCUGCCUGAAAGCAGACAGAAGGCUGGACAAGAAUAAAACAGCUCGAUAUCUACCAGGGUCAGUACUGCAGAACUGUUAGAGUACAGCUUAAACUCCUGCUCAGCGUCUCAGUCCUCUCAACAUGUCCUCAGAUAUUUAUGCCAAACCAGAUCUAUCAAAGAAGGUGAGAUACAGCAGAAAGCAGGACGGAGCAGAGUGGGAGCAGAGGGAGGUGGAUAUCUACGAGAGUGCAGAUGAGAUGAGAGAUAGUUAUGAUCAUUUUCAGUCGCAGGAAGGAGGACCACAGACUCUGAAUCCUCCUUCAGUCCUGAAGGGCUCUUUCAGAUGUGCUACACUGGGUCUAAGAGUGCUGUGCCUCCUGAUGUUAGCUGGGAUCAUCAUCCUGUCCAUAUGCUAUGCUUUGAACAAGAGUGAAAACAACAAACUUCACUUCAAACACAAUAAACUGAACCACAGUUACAACGAGCUACAGACUGAACAUCAAGAAACAAAACGACUCAACAGUCAGUUACAGGAAGAAGUGAAGAAGCUGAAGGAGAAGAUAGAAGAGAAGUGUCCUGAUCGAUGGAUGAGAUUUGGAAGCAGCUGUUACUUUAAAUCCACUGAGGCAAAGCACUGGCAAGAGAGCAGGAGAGCCUGUCAGGAUAAAGGAGCUGAUCUGGUGAUGAUAAACAGCAAAGAGGAACAGGAAUUUGUCAAUGAACUGAACAUGGUAGAUUCCUGGAUUGGUCUGAGAGCCAACCAGACAUCAGGAGGAUAUAAAUGGGAAUGGGUGGACGGAUCAGCGCUGACAGAAACGUGAGACAUUAGUUUGUUUCUAUUCCAG